UCCAAUCCACCCCCUUCCUCGAGGACUGAAACCCUAAUCCCCAUGCCAAUCUCGGCUCCAGCCCCCUUCGGCCUCCUCGGGCCACUGUCCAUCAUCGCCGGCCAUGGCAAUCGGGACUUGGACAAGUUGCCGGCGCACAUCAUGGUUCCCGUCGAUAGCGAGAGGGCGGUUCUUGUUUCCAUCGAUGAGCGCGGGAAGUACAUGGUGAGCGAUCCUUACGCGCGCAUACCUGGAAUCAUAGGCGGGCAAGUCAUGGCCACUACAACCUACGGCAAAGGGCCGCUGGUGUUCGUCGACCUUGCCGACGGGCGGUACUGCGGCACAUACCCUUUUUCUGCCGCGCGGGUCAGAAGCAUCGAGCAAGUCGUCAAGGCAGUCUGUGCUGACUUGAGCCGCUCCUGCCCCUCCUUCCUCCUCCAUGAGCAUGAAGAAGACGCCCCGCUGCAGCAACCGGGUGCUUCAUCCUCCAAGGGACUGCUCCACACUGCAACACUGGAUGCCACCUCCUCGAUCAGUCCGCAGGCAGAGGCACUAACUCUUCCUGGGACACCCAUUUUCGCCCGGGUACAACCGGAUUGGGGUAUGGAAUUUUACAUCAGGCCUGGUCAUGGAGGAUCAUUCCACACAUAUCCGGAUGUGGGCGGCCCGUUUCAGACCAUAGAGCAAGCUGAUAAGGCUAUUGAUAAAUACCUUCAUGGCCGCCGCCAUCCAAAAAUGUGCAUGGAGCAAGCUGGUGUUUCUCUGCGGGAGAUGGGUAUACGACGGUGUCUUUUCUGGCCUGAUGGCACAAUGAAGAAGCGUACCAAGUCAUAUAUAUUUCAGAAAGGCCAUGAGCAUAUGUGCAGGUUGGUCCGCGCUGUGGUAGACCAGUAUAACGAGUAUCACAAGCUCGGAGAGGAUCGUAAGUAUGAACUGAAAGAUGUUACAGAACAACAGUCAUUUCAUGAGGACGAAGAGUGGUACCGCCAUUUGAAUAUCACUGCAAGUUCUGAAGGGUUUGACAAACAAUUCUUUGUUGAACUAAAAAAUACAAGACAAGAAGGACUUAGACAUGCAGAAUGGGUAGUCAGUUGUUUCAGCAUGGUUGACUUUAAUGAUAAUGGUUACUGCAAAGGUUGUCCAAAUGAUGUGAAGCACCCAAACAAAGCUGAUGCAUACAGUGGUGGUCAUGUGGGCCCAGAGGAGAUACUUGAAGAUCCGGAUCCAUGGAGCGACUCUGAUGAAGAUGAGACCAGUAGGGAGCGUAGGAUAAGACGUAAGUAUGAUGUUCCGAGGAAACCUUUUGUGUACCCUGCGUGUGCUACACCCAAGCCAGGGCACGUAAUGUGAAAGACAAAGGAAAGUGGAGAGAGGAGGGUGCCAAGAGAGGAACACCAAUGUUUGUAAGACAUUGGUAGCUUUCCCAUUUCCUGUUUGUAAGACAGAAAAAAUGCAUCUUAGGUGGACUUUUUGGAUUCCAAAGUAGAUGUAAGUUUUAUUGUGCAUAGCUUUUCUUCUGGUUUGUAUUGCAACAUUCCAUUCAUGAAAGUUGUGAAUGAACCAGAGAAGACCAGCUCUGGUGCUUUCUCCCCUGUAGUAUAUACUGAUGUUAAUGUGAAGAUGUUCAGUGCUACAGGA